UGUGUGCUCCCUGGGAGUGCACAGCACCGCAGUCCGGCGCCCGCCUCCGGACACAGUGGAACACUGAUCGUUGUACGGGACCUCUGUGUGAGGUCCCGAUCAUGUGAUCACUGAUUGGCCAGUCAGUGACCACAUGCAAAGUAGUAAGCAAGAUGUCACUUGUGACAUCAUUGCUUACUACGUGUGAAAUCUGUGAAUGAUCACAGAGGUCACAUGGUACAAGGUUAUUCACAACAGCCUUGUACCAUGUGACAAGCUGUAACCAAUCACAGCUCAC